AUGGAGAAGUGGGUUGGAAAAGUAGCUGUUGUAACUGGUGCAUCAGCUGGAAUUGGUGAAGCUAUAACAAAAGAUUUCGCCAAGUUAGGAAUAAACGUAAUUGGACUGGCAAGACGAAGUGAAAAAAUUGAGAAGUUUGCAAGUUCUCUCGGUGAAGUUUUAGGAAUUGUAUAUGCAAAAGCAUGUGAUGUGUCAGAUUUAAAAUCAGUAAAAGAAACUUUUAAGUGGAUUGAAGAAACAUUUGGGACAGUCAACAUUUUGAUUAACAAUGCUGGUGUUGGUUACGGUGUAAAAAUUCUUGAUGAGGGUGAUGAUGUAACAGAGAAAUUGACUGAAACCAUUGACACAAAUUUCACUGGAGUUAUAAAUUGUACAAGAGAAGCAGUGCGAUUGAUGAAACUUUCAGGAGAUUACGGAAUGGUCAUAAACAUCAAUGACAUUUGUGGGCAUUACUUACCAAGUUUCGAAGAAGAAUCCUUGAAUGUUUAUGCACCUACAAAAUUCGCUUUAACAGCACUUUCAGAAGUUUUAAGACGAGAAUUAAUUGAACAAGGCAAUGACUUAAUUAGAGUUUCUUCAAUCAAUCCUGGAACUGUCAAAACUGAAGAUAAUGAUGACCAAGACAUUGAGGAAUUGCCCCAUAUAAAGCCUGAAAUAAUUUCAGAUGGAGUUCAAUAUCUUCUCAAACAACCACCAAAUGUUAACAUUACUCAAUUGACCAUGCGACCAGUUGGUGAAAAAUUUUGA